CCAGUGCUGACGCUCUCAGUCAGGGCCAAGUUCUCUCGGUUCGCAGACCGUAGUUACCAUCGCCGGAGCGCAGUUUUCACAGAGUCUCUAAUGCGCAUCAGCGCAAUUCUUUAAUUUAAGUGAAAGUGCGACGGUCACAUCGAUCACCAGACCAGCCAGGUUCCUGUUUCGCGAACUGGUUGCAUCACGCGCGCUCUUCGCGAUCCCUCGUGAAACUUUCGGUUGAAACGAUUUUUCGGACCGCCCAGAUAUUUCAGACCGCCGCCAUUUUGAACUGGACCGUAUGUGAUUGUGAUAGCGCGUGACGAUUGCCUUCAGCGCGAUAUUCUUUGAUUCGAGUGACACAGCGGUUUUUUUCGCGAUCCUCGGUGGAUAUUUUCGAUCGGAACGAUUUUUCGGACCGCCUGAAUAUUCAGUUGACCAAUUCUAUAUUUUCAAGUGAUUUUGGUCUCUCAAUUUGACCAUUGCGAGCCCAAUCAGCUAAGCAAAUCUUUAAUUCAAGUGAUCCUUGGUGGAUAUUUUCGAUCGGAACGAUUUUUCGGACCGCCUGAAUAUUCAGCUGACCAAUUCUAUAUUUUCAAGUGAUUUUGGUCUCUCAAUUUGACCAUUGCGAGCCCAAUCAGCUAAGCAAAUCUUUAAUUCAAGUGAUCCUUGGUGGAUAUUUUCGAUUGGAACGAUUUGUCGGACCGCCUGAAUAUUCAGUUGACCAAUUCUAUAUUUUCAAGUGAUUUUGGUCUCUCAAUUUGACCAUUGCGAGCCCAAUCAGCUAAGCAAAUCUUUAAUUCAAAUGAUCCUUGGUGGAUAUUUUCGAUUGGAACGAUUUUUCGGACCGCCCGAAUAUUCAGUUGACCAAUUCUAUAUUUUCAAGUGAUUUUGGUCUCUCAAUUCGACCAUUGCGAGCCCAAUCAGCUAAGCAAAUCUUGAAUUCAAGUGAUAGGUAUACCUAGCAAAUACCGUUUGCGCCCCAGCUCAAUACCUAAUCAGAGUAAAUUCUCAGUUCUCCAGUCCUCUCAUCAAAGAUUACAAAAAUGUAUAGAGGAUUCGAGGGAAAAAUGCAUCGCACUAGGGAGGAAAAAGAAAAAUAUUUAAGAGAAAUUUCGUUGUCGUUUUCUAAAAUGUUUAAGUUUGCGGAGGCUACCUUGGAGGCAGCCUCCGAAAGAAAAGAGACAGAAAAGGAAGGAAAAAAGAAAUAUUGUAAAGAAAAAACAGAAAGGAAACCAACUGUGAGUCAUAGGUCCAAUGGCCUGCCUAAACUGUAAGAGCAGAACACAACUUAUAAAAGUAAACCGGCACCUCCUGUGCCCAAAAUGUGUGUCGGCGUUCAAAAAGUCUACCAAAGCCUACCAUCUCACCGACUGCGACCCGAGAAAAGGCACAGGUCGCAGUCGGUUCAACGCCGAGAUACUGGAGCACGUUUUGCCGACUCUCGGCACUUUCUGCGGUGCCGAACAAAUCUCCGCAGCUUUGAACAAGCACAGCUACAAGUUCGCGGGCCGGGUCGAAACCGAGCGGAGGGUGGCUCACGUGCACAAAUAUUUUCAUGGUCAGUUCGACGAAAAGCACAGGAGGCAUACCCAGCGUAUCGCUAGAUUCCUGCCGGAGGACAUAACGCCUGAUCACCUACUGAACAUAGCCAUCAGCUGCCUCCGGCUCGAAGGCCUCUUCAUGGAGGCUGAUUGAAUCAGCUGAUUCUAUAACUCGACAUGAUUAUUUAAUCGACAUUGCAGACCGGGCGGCCAAU